UAGUGAAUUAUCGAUUUAGGAGCCAAUGAAAGCUCUUCGGCUAUAAUGAUAUCCGUAUUUUGACACGGGAGACAUUAUCGUGAAAAUGAUUGUAACGAAGUUGGUUAUUUUGUUUUCCUUCGCCAUUUUUGGACAGUGUGCUAUAUAUACGCACAGGAACAAUUAUCUUGAAACCAAGACGCUUCACAGGCUGAAUCUUAACGACCAUCGUGACCAAGUGUACCUCAAUCGUCUCAGAAGAGCCUCGUCACCCACAACAAAUGCCACUGUCGUUUCUGGAAAGAUGCAUUACAACAACUUUGUGUUGAAUGGUACAGAUAAUUGCACACAAGCAUAUGUUCACUGGUCAGGAAAAGGAAAAAGUGAGGGUGUUUUUGUUCUUACACUACAGCUCAACCCCUUCAAUGGAUCUGUGAUGGAAAGUCAGACAUGGAAGUCUGCUGACUAUGGAAAGAGUUUUAAGGAAUAUAACUUUGGCCAGAAUACCAAGGUGUCAUACUUUUAUGUAUCAAAAACUGAUUUUACAAAGAUGCUGUUUGUGGAUAAAGAAAACAAGGUCAUCUACAUUUCAAAAGAUGAACUGAAUCAUCAUGAAACUGCUGCAUUGCCUACUUCCUCAGACCAUAUUGUUAUGCAUCCCAAUAAUUCAGACUGGCUUCUUCUAUGAUUCUAUUG